AUGGCUAUUGGUGUUGCGGUUGCGAACUCCAUCACUGGGCCCUGGAAAGACGCAAUCGGCAAACCACUUCUGGAGAAUGGCCGUAUUGAUCCCACUGUUUGGAUCGAUGACAAUGGCCAAGCUUACCUUUACUUUGCCAAUCCGGGCUUGUUCUACGUCAAACUUAAUGCUGACAUGGUGUCUUAUUCUGGCAGCAUUGUUCAGGUUCCCACAAGCGUCGCCACCUUUGGCAGUGGACGCGAGCCGGAUGGUACGACUUUUGCUGAAGGUCCUUGGAUCUACAAGCGCAACAACCUGUACUACUUGGUGUAUGCCACCAGCUGCUGUUCCGAAAAUAUAAGAUACUCUACUGGUCAUCCAAUCACAGGUCCUUGGACUUAUCGUGGUGUUGUCAUGGCAUCGACAGGAAAGUCCUUUACCAAUCACCCAGCCGUCAUUGACUUCAAGGGCAAGUCUUACUUCUUCUACCACAACGGUGCUUUACCGGGUGGCAGUGGCUACACCCGCUCUACUGCGGUGGAGCCUUUCGCCUACAACUCCGAUGGCACGAUACCGCUUCUCACCAUGACCAACGCGGGUGCCCCGCAGGUCGGAACCCUGAACCCGUACACUCGUAACGAAGCAGAAACCAUGGCAUUAUCCUCUGGUAUCCAAACUCAACCUACGACUGAUGGUGGACUCGCAAUCAUCAACAUCGAAAACGGUGACUAUGUCAAGGUCGAGGGUGUCGCUUUUGGCAACGGGGCAAAGACCUUUUCAGCGCGUGUCACUUCAGCAACCAGUGGUGGAAAGAUUGAGCUUCGUUUGGGUAGUUCCACUGGCACUUUGGUAGGCACUUGUACUGUGCCUGGCACAAAUGGAUGGCGGACAUGGCAGAUGAUCUCUUGUGCUAUCAGCGGGGCGACUGGAACCAAGGAUCUCUACCUGAAGUCCACUGGUGGUAGCGCAUACCUGUUCAAUGUUGACUAUUGGCAAUUUGCCUAG